AUGAGAACUCUAACCUUCUUAUCAUUUACAAUAUUUACUGCUUUUUCGAAUGAUUGUAAUCCACCUGUAGAAAAUUGUCUAUCAUGCAAAACAGAUUCUUCAAAUCAAUGCGAUCUCUGUGAUUUAAAAUACUAUUUAAAAGAUGGAAAAUGCGAGGCAUGUUUAUUUGGAUGUGCUUUAUGUUAUAAUAGUUCUGUUUGCAUUACAUGUCUUUUUGAAUAUUAUCUUAAAGAAAAAACUUGCAAACCAUGUCAAAGUAAUUGUGCAACUUGCGAUGAUGCUUCUACUUGUACUGACUGUAAUGAUGGAUUUUAUCUAAACGAUAAAACAUGCACAAAAUGUCCAACUAAUUGUUCAGCUUGCGAUGAUGCUAACACUUGCACUGACUGUAAAUCUGGUUAUUAUUUUGAAAAUGAUAAUUGCAAACUAGAAGCAGUGUGUGAUACUUCUGCAACAGGAUGUUUAAAGUGCAAAGCUGAUCAAACAACUUGUCUUUCAUGUACAACUGGUUAUUAUUUAAGAAGUGGUUCUUGCACAAGAUGUGAAACUGGGUGUUCAGCCUGCAGUAAUGCUUCUAUUUGCAUUGCGUGUAAUGAAGGGUAUUAUCUUGAAAAAAGUAAUUGCAUCGCAGAAGUGGAGUGUAGUGCUACUGCAAAAGGAUGUUUAAAGUGCAAAGCUGAUCAAACAACAUGUCUUUCAUGCACAUCUGGUUAUUAUUUGGGAAGUGGUUCUUGCACAAAAUGUUCAAAUUGCUGUUCGAUUUGCAGCGAUGCUAACACUUGUACUGGUUGUAAUGAAGGGUAUUAUCUAAAGGGCAACACAUGCACGAGAUGUGGAUCUAAUUGUGUUUCAUGUAAUGUCAAAGGUUGUUCAAAAUGUGACCCAAUUUUUGUUGGAUAUAUUUCUUCUGAAGGUGUGUGUACUGCCUGUAACUCUGCAUAUAAUUGUGCCACGUGUAUCAAAGACACAAGAGAUACCAAUGGUGUCAAAUGUUUAACAUGUAAUGAACAAACUAAGAACAAAUACAUGAAUGGUAAUAAAUGUGUUGAUUGUGCAACUGGAAAAAUAACAACAGAUAAAAAGUGUGAUUCUUCAGCAAAUGCGUGUGGAAAUGGAUGUGCUGCAUGUGAAGAAGUUGCUGUAAGUACAACAACAAAAUGCACCAAAUGUACAAAAACAACUGAUUACGUUAAUCUUGAUGGAACAUGUGAUAAAACUUGCAAAACUGGUAAAGCUGAUAAAGAAUCAAUGAGGUGUGAAGAAUGCACAAUUGCUGACUGCGAAACUUGUGAAACAGUUGGAAAAGGUGAACAAUGCACUAAAUGUAAAACUAAAUACAUUGCUGCAGAUAAAUUUACAUGUGGUGAUACAUGCACCGUUGGUAAACCAGUUGAGACUCCAGUCAAAAAGUGUGAUACAUGUGCUACUGCUAAUUGCUAUGUUUGUGACAAAGACGGUAAGUGCAGUAAAUGCAAGACCAAUUUCAAUCUUAUGGCUGACACUUCGAAAUGUGUUGAGAAAUGUCCAGAAGGAUAUAUGACAGAUAAAAUCAAUGAAAAAUGCAUUAAAUGUAUUAUUGAGGGCUGCGCAACUUGUGAAAAGGUAAAUGAAUGCACUGCAUGUAUGGCUGAAUACAAAUUGGAAGGAGGAAGAUGCAAUGGAGCUAAUGCCUUUUACGCGUUUUUAGCAAUAGUCAUAAUGGCUUUCUUACUUUAA